GUGCCCAUGUUUACGUCCCUCGUGGAGCAGCCUACGUAAGCAGCCAAAUGGCAACAUUGUGGCGAUACUGAGGCUCAGAGUUUAGGAGACGCGUCUAUCCGUCAGGCCGGCUCCGGGCGGUCGGGAAGAGGAGGAGAAGGAGGAGGGGCGGGGAGAUCGGCCUGGGCGAGCGGCGGAGACUUACACACCGCUUGCUCCUACCGCCUACCGGCCUGCCCGGCCCCGCGGGACCCGCUCCUCACCUUCAGAGAGCCACAGACGCAGCACCGCGGCCUCGCGCUGGGGGCGGCCGGGACGGGCGCGAGGCGCUGCCGCAGCACCGGGUUUGUAAACAGAUCCAGCCGCACGUGACCAUGUGAACUACCUGCUCCGGGGACGCGUAUUGUCUUUCCUGCGAGCCGCGCCACAAAGGAGCGCGGCGGGUUCAAGUGAGGAGGGCCCGGCGAGCAAGCGGGGAGAGCCGGCUGGCGCGCUAAGAUGGCCGAAGGCGCCCAGCGAGGGUGAGCGGGGGGCGCGGUGCAGCCAGCCGGUGAGUCUUCGAGCGGGCAGGGCCACCGGCGCAUCCCCCGCGGCCUGGCACCGGAGCCACCAUGUCGUUCGCGCUGGAGGAGACGCUCGAGUCGGACUGGGUGGCCGUGAGGCCCCAUGUGUUCGACGAGCGCGAGAAGCACAAGUUCGUCUUCAUUGUGGCCUGGAACGAGAUUGAGGGCAAGUUUGCCAUAACCUGCCACAACCGGACGGCCCAGAGGCAGAGGAGCGGCUCCCGGGAGCAGGCGGGGUCACGAGGAGGUGCUGAGCCCGGAGCACCCGCGUCCGACGGGACCCGCGCGCCAGGCAGCCCAGCGGGCAAGGGCCGGCCGGAGGCCACGGCCUCUGCGACUCUGGGUAGAAGCCCGGGGCCCCGGAGGAGCGCGGCCUGGGCGGAGGGCGGCUCUCCGCGGAGCGCGCGCAGCCUUCGUGGGGACCCGCUGCUGCGGUGUCCCGCCGGCAAAGGGGCGGAGAGCCCCCUCAGGAGCCCAGUGCGGGCCAAGACCAGCCCGGUCCGAAGGGGAUCUGAAGGCAAAGAUGCGGGGGCCGCUGCAGCAGGGGCCCCGCCGGCGCCCAGGGAGGCCCCGUUGUCCUCCGUGCGAGUAGUGAGCGCUUGCGGGGCGGUCUCCGAGGAGAUAGAGGUGCUGGAAAUGGUGAGGGAGGACGAAGUGGCCCCGGCGGCCCUGGCGCUGUCGGACGCGGAGCAGCCGCCUUCCACCGUCGAGCUGGAGUCCCCGGCCGAGGAGUGUAGCUGGGCCGGGCUCUUCUCCUUCCAGGAUCUGCGUGCUGUGCACCAGCAGCUGUGUUCUGUGAACUCGCAGCUGGAGCAGUGCCUGCCGGUAUUCCCCGAGGAGCCCUCUGGCAUGUGGACCGUGUUGUUCGGGGGCGCCCCAGAGAUGACGGAGCAGGAGAUCGACACUCUGUGUUACCAGCUCCAGGUCUACCUGGGCCAUGGCCUGGACACCUGCGGCUGGAAGAUCCUCUCCCAGGUUCUUUUCACUGAGACCGAUGAUCCCGAGGAGUAUUACGAAAGCCUUAGCGAGCUGCGGCAGAAGGGCUAUGAAGAAGUGCUUCAGCGGGCCAGGAAGCGCAUCCAGGAGCUCUUGGAUAAGCACAAGAAUACAGAAAGCAUGGUGGAGCUUCUGGACUUGUAUCAGAUGGAGGAUGAAGCCUAUAGCAGCCUUGCAGAAGCCACAACUGAACUAUAUCAGUAUUUACUACAGCCAUUCCGAGACAUGAGAGAGCUUGCCAUGCUACGGAGACAACAGAUCAAGAUUUCCAUGGAGAAUGAUUAUCUGGGUCCCCGAAGAAUUGAAAGUCUACAAAAAGAAGAUGCUGAUUGGCAGCGAAAAGCUCACAUGGCUGUGCUGUCUAUUCAAGAUCUUACUGUCAAGUAUUUUGAAAUCACAGCGAAAGCACAAAAAGCUGUGUACGAUCGAAUGCGAGCAGAUCAGAAGAAAUUUGGUAAAGCAUCAUGGGCAGCAGCUGCAGAACGUAUGGAAAAACUCCAAUACGCGGUUUCUAAGGAGACUCUGCAGAUGAUGAGAGCAAAGGAGAUCUGUUUGGAACAGAGGAAACAUGCACUAAAAGAAGAGAUGCAGAGUUUGCAGGGUGGUACAGAAGCCAUAGCACGAUUGGAUCAGUUAGAAGCUGAUUAUUAUGAUCUGCAACUUCAGUUGUAUGAAGUACAGUUUGAAAUCCUGAAGUGUGAAGAGUUAUUAUUGACAGCCCAGCUAGAAAGCAUCAAAAGACUUAUAUCGGAAAAGAGAGAUGAAGUGGUUUACUAUGACACUUAUGAAAGCAUGGAGGCCAUGCUGGAGAAGGAAGAGAUGGCAGCGUCUAUGCACUUACAGAGAGAAGAGCUACAGAAACUUCAGCAGAAAGCACGCCAGCUGGAAGCAAGACGUGGACGGGUUUCAGCCAAGAAAGCCUACCUCAGAAAUAAGAAGGAAAUUUGUAUUGCAAAACAUAAUGAAAAGUUCCAACAGCGCCUUCGGAGUGAAGAUGAAUAUAGAACCCAUCACACAGUACAACUAAAGAGAGAAAAAUUACAUGAUGAAGAAGAAAGAAAAAGUGCUUGGGUUAGCCAGGAAAGACAGAGAACACUGGAUAGACUUCGAACUUUUAAACAGAGGUACCCUGGCCAAGUCAUACUUAAAUCAACCAGAUUGCGACUGGCUCAUGCCAGAAGAAGAAGCACAGCCAGUCCUGUGCCCUGUGAGGACCAGUAUGACCCUCUGCCAGGAGCGCUGCAGCCAGAAGAUAACAGUGAAAAGGUGGAGGAAGGAAGAGGGAAGCUUGGGUCAUCACAGAAAACAGAAGCCCAAAGCCUCUCACAACUUGAAGAUACUUCAUUAGCACAACUUGAAGCCACUUCAUUACCUCUCAGUGGUGUUACCUCUGAACUGCCGCCCACUGUAUCUCUUCCAGUUUUGAAUAAUAUUGACCUCGAACCAGGUUCUAUUACCACAGCUCCACUCCCCCCACCUCUUCCCCCAACACCACCUCCCCCACCCCCGCCUCCCCCUCCCCCCCCACCACCCCCUCUGCCUGUUGCUAAGGACAGCUCCCUAGAGAUACUGGAGAAAGGUCUGCCUAGAACAGAGGGGAAUGAGAAGAGGAUCCCGAAGUCUGCGAGUGCACCCUCAGCACAUCUCUUUGACAGCAGCCAGCUGGUCAGUGCCAGGAAGAAGCUGAAAAAGACUGCUGAAGGUUUACAGAGGAGAAGAGUGAGCUCACCCAUGGAUGAGGUGCUAGCUUCCUUGAAGCGUGGUAGUUUUCAUCUGAAAAAGGUUGAACAGCGAACUCUGCCUCCUUUUCCUGAUGAAGAUGAUAGUAAUAAUAUCUUGGCACAAAUCAGGAAAGGGGUAAAAUUGAAGAAGGUACAGAAGGAAGUGCUGAGAGAAUCCUUCACACUUCUGCCUGACACAGACCCUCUAACACGGAGCAUCCAUGAAGCUCUUAGAAGAAUCAAAGAAGCGUCCCCUGAGUCAGAGGAUGAAGAGGAAGCUUUGCCUUGCACAGAUUGGGAAAAUUAACAGGUGACUCAACAAAAAGAAAAAAGCACCUACAGUUGAAGAUCAAAGAUUUGUUUUUGGAAAACAAAAGUUUAAUGUGUGAUUUCCCCAACUGGAUUCCACAAGAUGCAAAGUGUGUUGGCUCAGUGGUAUGAAAAAAAUGGAAGCACAGUUGGCAAGUUACCACUUUUCCAGUCAGUCCAGUAUUUGGUGGGUAACAUGAGUUUUAGAUGUGCAGUGCUCCCGAUGCAAUGAAGAAAAGGCCUUCCAGAGAUGCCUGGUUUUUUAAGCUCCUUCCCCUCCUGUCCACCCAUGUUCAUCCUUAUAGUGGCCAGUCAAGCUAGGGGUCUCUCUGAGUUGGAAAAACACUGGGUUGACAGAGAUCUACUGUGAGCUGUAUCGGGACUGCUUUGAAAUCCAUCUUUAAGUGCACUGAAUAGUCCUCUGCUUGAAAACACAGAGCUUCUUCUAUAUCAACUUGUAUAAAUAGUGUGACACUCUGAAAAAGAAAUUUAUCAUGAUAGCUAUAGGACAGGAAUUGGAAAGAAUCAGAUGGAAAUGCACUGAAAAUUUCCACAUUACUCAUCUCCAAAGGAAUUUUCAUAAAGAUGUUCAACAUCUGAAAAGAUACAUAACCAUGGAGAUACACUUAAUGUGUUUACCACAACAUGAUACAUUAAACAUGCAUAUUUUUAAAAGACCACAUACUCACUUUGUAAGGUUUUGAAGUAAAAAUUUCCAUGCUUUUAAAUAGCUCUUCAUAAUUGUGAAUUUUUAAUAGUUUGAAUUUCAUGCGCAGCUUUGUUUAUGAAAGGCAAUACUUUGUAACUUGAUAAUUCAGAUUAUUUUUAGUCCUUUUGUUUGAACGAUUGCUUGAUUAGUGUAAUUCAACGUGACUUUCCUAUUGAGAAUCAGAAAUGAGGAUUCAGUAAUAGGGAUGCAGAUCUCGUCUGUUUAACAUGCACCAUUUAAGUUUUUCUUUUUAUGCUCCACAGUGAAGUGCACUCUACAGAUAUGCAGAAAGUAGACAGGCAGAAAAGCCUCCUUGGCUGGCAUUUCACUAUCUUCACAUGUUUUGAGUGGAACUUGGGGAGAGGACCUUUGUUAUUGUCAGUAGACCUUUUAAAACAUAUGUAUGUAGUUUUAGGUGCUGAUUUUGCUAUAAGGAGUCCUGAAGGACACAUAUAUAUGAAUGGACCCAUUAUGAAUUCUCAGCAGGAGUGUUGUGGGCUUGGAUGAAGGUAGAUAUGUUGGACCCAGUCUACAGUAUUCUGUAGAGUGUAAUUCUGCAUCAGACAGAUUUUGGCCUUUACAUGAAGGGAGUUAAGUAAGGACUGAUGUACCAAAAAGAACUUUAUUUCUUCUGAGGCAUUUCUCUGUCCUAGACCCAGAAAGCAGUCCCAGAGUAAAAGCCCUCCAAUGUAUAUGAAUUGGUUUUUCAGAAGAGAGAAAAAAAUGCUUACACCUUUGUCACUUUAAGAUGUAUUUCCUUUAAAAUAAUUAUGGAGAAAAAUUUGUUUAUUGACGAGAGUAGGAACUUUUGCACAGUUUUUUUCACAAUACACUAGUUUUCUUCUUAUGUUAUUCCUAUAUCUUAUCUUGGAAGAUUAAAAUAUAUACCUAAUAUAGAGACUAUAUUUUAUCCCACAGUGGGAGAGGUGGAUGAGGAAUUUUCCUCAUUUCCUUCAGUAAAACAUUGAAGAGUGCUUUUCAACCAAAAGAAUGAUUGGUUUGAUUAAUAUAAUUUGGUG